UGCCAGCACGAUGCCAGCCGACGUCACCGACGUGGCCGAGGCCGCGCCCACCGAGUACAUCGCCGUAGCGACGCCCAAGGCCGGGGCGCCGGCCAUCGAGCCCGAGACGCCGGUCAACGAGAAGGGCCAGAUGGUCCCGCUCACCAAGCUCUUUAGCUAUGCCGAGCGGACCGACGUGCUUCUCAUGGUCGGCGGAACGCUCUGCGCGAUGGGCACGGGCGUCUCGCAGCCGCUCCAGAUCAUCUUCUUUGGCGACAUCCUCUCGGCGUUCAACCCGGGCUCGACCACCAACACGAACGUCAGCAGCGACGUGAGCGACGGCAUCAACAGCAUUGCGCUCAAGUUUGUGUACCUCGGUAUUGGCGUCAUCGCCUGCGGCUUUGGCCAAGUCGCUUGCUGGUCGAUUGCGGCGUCGCGCCAAGGCAAGCGGCUCAAGUUCGAGUACAUUCGCGCGAUCUUGCGCCAAGAAAUUGGCUGGUUUGACGUCAACAAGCCGAUGGAGCUCGCCACCAAGGUGGCCGACACGUCGCUCAUCAUCCAAGACGGCAUUGGGCGCAAGGUCGGCGACGGCAUCAACUUCUUCUCGAUGGGCAUCAGCGGCAUCAUCAUUGGUCUCGUCAAGGGCUGGAAGCUUGCGCUCGCGCUCUUGGCGUUUACGCCGUUCAUUGCGCUCACAGCCUUUCUCAUGGUCAAGACCUUGUCGAGUGCGAUCCAGAUGGGCAUCUCGGCGUAUGCGUCGGCCGGCGGCAUUGCCGAAGAGAGCUUGAGCAACAUUCGGACCGUCCAAAUGUUCAACUCGAUGGACAAGUUUGUCGCCAAGUACGAUGCAUCGCUGCUCGCGACCGAGAAGGCGGGCAUUCGCAAGGGCAUUGCGAUCGGGCUCGGUACGGGUGUCAUGUUUGGCACCAUCUUCUUCACGUACGGCUUUGGCAUGUGGUUUGGUGCUGUCCAAGUCGCCGACGACCAGCUCGGCAGCGUCAAGUGCACGUCCGACUGUUAUGACGGCGGUCGCGUGCUCACAGUCUUCUUUUCGAUUAUCAUGGGAGCAAUGGCCCUCGGGCAGUCGGGCCCGUCGAUCCAAGCCGUCUUCUCGGCCCGCACGGCAGCCCACGGCGUCUUUGCGAUGAUUGAGCGCGCUUCGCUCGUGGACCCGCUUGACGAAGGUGGCGCGACGUUGCCCCAUGUCGAGGGCGAGAUUCGCCUUGAGAACAUUGAGUUUUACUACCCAGCGCGCCCCGAAGUCCGCGUCUGCUCGGGCUACACGCUGCAGAUUGCGGCCGGUGAAAAGGUCGCGCUCGUUGGGCCGAGUGGGAGCGGCAAGAGCACGAUCGUGUCGCUUCUCGAACGGUUUUACGACCCAACGCGCGGGACCGUCUUCCUUGACGGCGUCGACCUCAAGACGCUCAACGUCAAGUGGCUUCGGCAGCAAGUGGGGCUUGUCGGGCAAGAGCCGUCGCUGUUUUCCGUCUCGAUCGCCGACAACAUUCGCCACGGCAAGGACGGCGCGAGCAUGGACGAGGUCAUUGCCGCCGCCAAGCAAGCGAACGCGUACGACUUUAUCAUGGGCUUUCCAAAGGGCUUUGACACGGAGGUCGGCGACCGCGGCGCGCAGCUCUCGGGCGGCCAGAAGCAACGUAUUGCGAUUGCGCGCGCGAUCAUCAAGAACCCGGCGAUUCUGCUCUUGGACGAAGCCACGUCGGCGCUCGACACGGAGAGCGAGCGCGUCGUGCAAGAGUCGCUCGAUCUGCUCCUCGCGACGCGGAAGCGGACGACGAUCAUCAUUGCGCACCGCCUCUCGACGAUCCGGGACGCCGACCGCAUUGUCGUGCUGGAGAAGGGCGUCGUCGUCGAGCAAGGGUCCCACACCGAGCUCAUUGCGCGCUCAGACGGACACUACCGCAAGCUCGUCGAGGCGCAGUCCCGCGCCCACACCAAGCCCGAUGCAUCGACCGACGACGAUGUGGUCGAGAUGGCGGCCGACACACCGGCUGCCAACGCGCGCAAGAUGAGCUCGACCAAAGCGCUCAUCGUGACACCGGUGGCAUCGUCGCCGGACGCCAAAGACGAACCGCCCGCGCUGUACAAGGUGCCCAUGUCGCGCGUCUGGAAGCUCAGCGCACGCGAGAGCGGGCACAUCCUUCUCGGGUCGCUCGGUGCGGUGGUCAACGGCGCCAUCUUUCCCGUUUGGGGCGUGCUCUUGACCAAAGUCACGGUGCUCUUCUUCGACUACUCGAUCUCGGGCGACGAGAUGCGGACGCGGGCGUCGCACUGGGCGCUUGGGUUUGUCGGGCUCGGUGUAGCGUUUUGCGUGUCUGUCGUUGUGCAAAACUACGGCUUUGCGGUCGUCGCUGAACGCCUCACUCACCGACUGCGCUACAUGGGGUUCAAAGCCAUGCUCCACCAAGACGUCGGGUGGUUUGACCUCGAGACCAACUCGUCUGGGGCGCUCACGACGCGGCUUGCGACCGACACGGCGAUGAUCAUGGCCAUGACGAGCGAGACGCUCAACCGCGGGCUUGUCAACGUCGCGACGCUCGGCGUGGCGUUUGGCAUUGGGUUUUACUACAGCUGGGAGAUGACACUUGCGAUGCUCGGCAUCUUUCCGAUCCUGGGCGCUGCGUCGUACGUCCAAAUGCAAAUGAUGUCGGGCCACGGCAAGAAGCUCAACGAAGGCGACACGAAGGCCGGGUCGCUCCUCGCCGAGUCGAUCAACUCGGUGCGCACGGUGGCGUCGUUUACGAUGGAGUCGAACGUGCACACGACGUACCUCGGGCACCUCGCGACGUCGGCGGCCGCGGACGUGAAGGCGGGUCUUGGCGGCGGCAUUGGCUUUGGUGUCUCGCAAGGCGUCAUGUUCAUGGCGAUUGCAUUCCUCUUUUGGCUCGGCGGCGUCUUGAUCACACGCGAGAACUCGGACACGACGUUUGAAGACAUGUUUAUGGUCAUGAUGGCCAUCAUGCUGAGCUCGUUUGGCGUCGGUAUGGCGGCACAGAACAUGACGGACGCGGCCAAGGCCAAGGCGGCGGCUGCAAGCCUCUUUGAGACUGUCGACCGCGUCCCACCCAUCGACUGUGCGAGCGAGACUGGCGCGACAUUGCCGACCGUCCGCGGCGAGAUUGAGCUCCGGAACGUCCACUUCAGCUACCCGUCGCGCCCCAACGCCCCGAUUUAUACCAACUACAACUUGGUCAUUCCAAGCGGAGCGACAGUCGCGCUCGUGGGCGCGAGCGGCUGCGGCAAGAGCACGGCGAUUGGGUUGAUUGAGCGGUUUUACGACCCGAGCGCCGGCGCCGUGUACCUCGACGGCGUCGACAUUAAGAGCCUCAACGUCAAGUGGCUGCGCCAGCACAUUUCGCUUGUCGGCCAAGAACCCGUCUUGUUUGCGGGCACGAUCGCCGACAACAUUGCGUCCGGCAAGGACGGCGCGACGCGCGAGGAUGUGGUGCAAGCCGCAACGAUGGCCAACGCCCACGACUUUAUCUUGCAGUUUCCCGAUGGCUACGAGACCCAAGUUGGCGACCGCGGUGUGCAGGUCUCGGGCGGUCAGAAGCAGCGCAUCGCGAUUGCCCGUGCGAUUCUGCGGGACCCCGAGGUGCUGCUGCUGGAUGAAGCCACGUCGGCGCUCGACAAUGAGAGCGAGCGCAUCGUGCAAGCGUCGCUCGACAAGCUGCUGCAGCUCAAGAAACGGACGACGAUCAUUGUGGCCCACCGGCUGACGACGAUCCAGAACGCCGACAUCAUUGCAGUCGCGAGCAACGGCGUGAUUGCCGAGAAGGGCACGCACCACGAACUCAUGAAGAUUCCCAACGGUCUCUACGCCGCACUCGUGUCGCGCCAGAUGCAGCAGCCGUCCUAAGUGCGCUCAUUUGGAGUCUAAAACACAAAAUACAUGGUAGUGCAUGCCCA